GGAGUGACUCGUGAGAAACCAACGGGCCCGGUUUUGGUUUAGCCCACAGAGCAGAGCAAAACCACCAGGCACCAGCAAAACCAAUCCGAUACGCUUCCUCUCCCCCUCGCAGCGCAGCAGGCCAGCAGAGAGACGAAAAGGAAUCCAAUUCGCCCGGCCAUGGAUUCCGGCGUGACGCCGGCGGCCGAGAAGUUGUGCCGGCGGUGCAAGGGGAGCUACGAUCCGUCGGCCAACACGCGCCUCUCCUGCAGGUUCCACCCUUCCUUCUUCGUCUGCCGCCGCCACGACGACCAGAAGAGGUACUACGAGCUCCGCGACGGCGAUCCCCCCUACGCCGCCAAGUUCUACGACUGCUGCGGCGCCGAGGACCCCGAUGCUCCCGGAUGCACCACCGACUUCCACCGCUCCUACGACGACGCCCAAGACUAGAGUAAGAGUAGCAGCCUCUUCUUUCUUUCUUUUUUUGUUUUGGUUUUUGAGAGAUGCAGCCUCUUCUUUCUCCUGUAGAGAGCAGAGAGGAACUGCUCGUGCCCGUCACUCCAUCAGGCAUCAGAGCAUGUAUGUACAAUAAAUAAGGUGAACUUGCUUGACUCCAAUCAGUAAUAAUCUACCAUAAUCAACCGCAAAUUGGAAUCCCUGUACUGUGACUAGUGUCUGAUAAUCUGCUCUUGCACAACCUGAUUGGUUACAUUCACAGUAACAGUAUGAUAGAGAGUGCAGAUAUAUGCUUCAUCAUCAGUUCAUAGUUUUACUGCAUCGAGUGAAGGCUCUGAUUUUGUAUGAGUGGACCAAAUAGAUUAGAUCCUCUUACAAACCAACAAUGGCGCCGGUGAUUAUAA